CUGGACUUCGUUCAAAUCGAAGACUUCGAGAAGCUUGGGGUUUUCAGUCAAGCUGUCCAAGACGUGGAUGGCAUCAUUCACGUGGCUAGCCCCUUCACAUACGAUACGAAAGACAACGAGAAGGAAUUGAUUAUUCCUGCCAUCAAUGGCGUUCGUUCCAUUCUAGAAGCGGCGGCAGCAAACCCAAAGAUCCAACGCACUGUCAUCACAUCCUCCUUCGCCUCCGUUUUGAAUGUUGAGCGAAAGGCACCCCCAUACUUCACGUACACGGGCAAUGACUGGAACCCGUUGACUUACGAGGAAGCCGCCGCACCCGAAACAAGCGCCGUUGUAGCCUACAGAGGGUCCAAGAAGUUCGCCGAGCUUGCGGCUUGGGACUUCGUAAAGGAGAAGAAGCCUCACUUCGAUAUUGUCACUCUUUGCCCGCCCAUGACUUUUGGACCUGUUGUUCACCCUGUCGCCAGCGUCGAGAAGCUCAACGAGUCAAACGCCAUGCUUUGGAAGAUUGCUAGCGGAAUAAGGCCGCUCCCCGUCGCCAGAGUGCCGUUCUGGAUUGAUGUUCGGGACCUUGCCGUGGCUUAUGUCGAGGCACUUUUGAGACCAGAGGCAGGAGGCAAGCGAUAUGUCCCAACAGCAAAUGACCGAUUUUCGUACGGACUAGCCGCAAGGAUCAUGGCAGAGAACUUCGAGUGGGCCAAAGGGAACGCUCUAGAGGAUCAGGAAAUAGAUACUUCGCACGGCUUGGACGGACAGACUGCAAGUAAAGAGCUGGGGUUUCAGUAUAGAACCUUUGACCAAACGGUGGUUGACCUCAUAAGGCAGGCCAAGGACAUAGAAACUCGAAAUGCUCAGUAA